AUGUCCAUUCGCAUCAUCCUUGAGAACCCGCCAGAAUUCUACACCAACCUCGAUGUCAUCCGUGGCCAGGUGAUCCUCAACCUCUCACGGCACGAGUCGGUCAGCGCCGUGGUGGUCAAGCUCGAAGGGGAGUCGCGCACUGCUCUUGGCGUACCAAAUGACAUUCCCGGCCUGGGCAUCGCGCGUGACCGCGGCGGCCAUCAAAACAACAGCAGCGAUGUUGUUCACGAAAACCACAAGAUCCUGUAUAAGGUACUCCAGGUCUUCCCCGACGAACGCACGCCCGCCGUCAACCAGCCUACCAUCCUCAACCCGGGUCAACACCACUUCCCUUUCGAGUUCAAGUUCCCCUUCAACAAUGUCUGCUCCAACCCCGAGCUUAUGUCACGCAUUGGAGGGCUGGUCAAUCCUGGGGGUUAUGGUUCAGGAGGAUUGUUUGGCUUCUCCGGGCCCCGGGUCAUGGACGGCACAAAGCAGCUGCUCUACCAGCACGUCACACGCACCCUACCCCCGAGCUUUACGGGCUUUCCUGGCGAGGCAGAGAUCCGGUACUACCUGAAGGUGACCGUCCAGCGACCGGGAAUCUUCAAGGAGAACUGGCGUUACGAGUUGGGCCUUAAGUUCCUCCCCAUUGAGCCUCCUCGUCCUCCUAAGACGAAUCAAGAAGCAUAUGCCCGGAGGCCAUAUACCUUCCAGCCACGAGCCCUCCCCACUCCUACUCAGCCCAGGAAACGCUCUGGCUUCUUUAGCUGGGGAUCCAACAGCUCAAGCGACCUGAACCUCCAGACCUCAUCGGCUUCGUCUGGACCUCCUCCAUCAAUAGAGAUGUCUGCCCGCCUUCCUCACCCGGCAAUCCUUACCUGCAACAAGCCCAUCCCCCUGCGGCUGAUCGCCAAAAAGCUGGUCCCCUCCCGGGCAGAGGUUUUCCUCACCAACCUGGAGAUCGACCUCGUUGGUAAGACCAACGUGCGCUGUCGUCAUCUGAUCAACACCGAGAUCAGCCGGUGGGUGGUAGUUGCGCGGCAUGGACUGGCCAUCCCUGUCUCCAAGCCAGACGACGCCGUCGGCACGGAGGUGCUGGUGCCGAACUCACUCUGGAGUGACGUCCCCCUGCCGAACACAGUCAUGCCUAGUUUUGUCACCUGCAAUCUCAGCCGGGAUUACCAACUCGAGCUAAAAAUCGGCCUCUCUUGGGGCCGCCCACAACCCCAAUCCCCGCACUUCAAGGGCAAAAACCGCCUCGACGUCUCCUCCCUCUCCCAAGAACUUCACCUCCCCCUCCACUUCAGCCGCAUCGAAGUCUACUCUGGCUUAACACCCCCGGCCGCCCUGGCCGAGGCUGCAGUACGUAACAACGGCCGGCCGAAGCCACAACCCUCCUCUCGACCUGCCGCAGCAUCUCCUGCUCAGGCGCAGGCGCAGGCUCCUCCGCUGCCGCCUAGGAGACCUGUGCCAGCCUCCCAGGCACAAUCACAAUCACAAUCACAGUCCCAGCCCCAGCCGUCGCCAUCGACGUCAACGCAACCACAACCCCAGCCACAGUCACCUACUCAGGGUCAGGACCAAGAAAAUCUGCCAGCUUACUGGCCCCCUGAACCCCCCUAUGACGAUGCCCCGCCCACGUAUGAGGAAGCCAUGGCCGAGAUGAUGACGGGACCGAUGUUUCCUGCGCAGGCGAGGCCCGCAUAUAGCGGGGUGACGGAUGUGAACGGGCCGAGCACGUUGCCUGACGGGGACGCGGGUAAUACCCAAGGACGGACAGAAGCAGGGGCUGUGGGAGGGGGGAGGUCGGAGAAGAGAUGA